CUGCUUCUGCGGCUCCUACAAUGUAACAGCACCGAGAACAGAGACACAGUUUAAGAAGUGACCGAUCCCGAUGAGCCGACCUCCAGAGUGGGAAAUGCGUUUUUACUCUCCUGCGAGAUCCCCUCCACCGCCCUAGAAGUCCCGUUGACUGGAUUGUAAAGUGUCUUCGCUCUCUGAGCUUGUGUGGAUUAUCGGAACCGAGGCCCCGCUGAGUUGAAUGUGUGUGCUGGGCUGGAGUGGGUCAGUAUGAGGCUGCCGCUGUUGCUCUGAGCGGGCUCUCCGCUCCCUGCCUUGGGUCUCUUACGAAAUAACAUUUACUUAUAAAACUGGACACCCCUGGAGCAGUUUAUGACGACUCUGGUUGGACCGUAAUGACCGCACGCUUCCGGUUGCCUGCAGGCAGAUCCUACAAUGUCCGGGCGACGGAGCUGGCACGCGACAGGCAGCACACCGAGGUGGUCUGCAACAUUCUUCUUUUGGACAACACUGUCCAGCCUUUUAAAGUCAAUAAGCACGAUCAAGGCCAGAUCCUACUGGACGCUGUCUUCAAGCACCUGGAGCUGACCGAGAGAGACUAUUUUGGGUUGCACCUGGCUGACGACUCCUCUGAUAGCCCGAGGUGGCUGGAUCCAAAUAAACCCAUAAGAAAGCAAUUAAAAAGGGGCUCUCCACAUCAUCUGAACUUCCGGGUGAAAUUUUUUGUGAGUGACCCCAACAAACUUCAGGAAGAAUACACACGGUACCAGUAUUUUCUACAGAUUAAGCAGGACAUACUCAGUGGAAGACUGCCUUGUCCACACAAUACUGCCGCACUCCUAGCAUCGUACGCUGUUCAAUCUGAGCUGGGUGAUUACAGUGAGGCUGAGAAUUUGCCAGGAAACCUGUCUGAGUUCUGCUUCAUCCCCAACCAGCCUCAAGGCUUUGAAAAAGAGGUCACCAAACAUCACCAGCAACACAGUGGACUUACCCCAGCACAGUCCGAAUUCAAUUACCUGGACACGGCACGAACGUUGGAACUUUAUGGAGUGGAACUGCACUAUGCAAGGGAUCAAAGGAACACAGAAAUUUUCAUAGGCGUGAUGUCAGCUGGCAUUGGCAUUUACAAGAACAGGGUACGAAUAAACUACUUUCCAUGGUUGAAGAUUGUAAAACUAUCUUUUAAAUGCAAACAGUUUUUCAUCCAGCUGAGAAAAGAGGCGCAUGAGACAAGAGAUACAUUGGUCGGCUUCAACAUGGUAAACUACAGGGCCUGUAAGAACCUCUGGAAGGCCUGUGUUGAACACCACACCUUCUUUCGACUAGAUCGACCCGUUCCUCUGCAGAAGAACUUCUUUGCACACUACUUCAGUUUGGGCUCCAAGUUCCGAUACUGUGGGAGGACGGAAGCACAAUCUGUUCAGUAUGGCAAGGAGAAGGGAAUCAAGGACAGAGUGUUUGCAAGAUCUCCCAGCAAACCCCCGGGCAGAAAGUUGAUUGGUGUGACAGACUGGGAAUCAGUGAGCAGGAAUUCACUGUCUGAAGAGAGGCUGGAGACCCGUAGCCUGCCCACCCGCUCACCACCUGGGACGCCCAACCAUAGGAACUCCUUAUUUGUGCAAGAGGGUCCUCGGCUACGGCCCUCUUCCAUGGGUCACCUGGUGGACCAUGUCAUCCAAGCCUCCCCCAGCCUUCCUAUUUUCUCCAAUCACAAAUCAGCUUCCUCUACACAAGCUAACAGCAUCAGCCUGGAGUCUACACCGUCUCCGGAAGGAGUUGAAGGCCCGCCCCCCGCCCUCCCACCCAAACAGUCCAGGAAGAACCUGAGCCAGCUUUUACUGUCCCACUCCCAACAGGACUUGGACAACCACAUCAAUCAAAUGUACACUAUCCCCAUAGCAACAGACAAGGCCAUGCCCAACGGAGUCAUUCCUCAUGACAAUCUUGUCCUCAUCAAGAUGAAAGCGGAUGAGAAUGGGAGAUUUGGUUUUAAUGUGAAGGGCGGCUCUGAUCAGAAGAUGCCCAUUAUCGUGUCUCGAGUAGCACCAGGAACAUCGGCUGAUUUAUGUGUGCCUCGACUGAAUGAAGGUGAUCAGGUUGUGCUGAUCAACGGUCGAGAUAUUGCAGAGCACACACAUGAUCAGGUGGUCAUGUUCAUCAAGACCAGCUGUGAGAGCCACUCGGGGGAGCUCAUCCUGUUGGUGCGACCCAAUGCUAUCUACAAUGUAGUUGAGGAGAAAUUGGAGACAGAGCCAGAUUUUCAGUACAUCCCAGAGAAAUGUCCCACAGACCCAUCACAGCUGGACCAGGACGCCUGGAGGGACUCAAUGCUGCAGUUAAAGGAGGGUCUCAACAGUGCUACUAUGCUGGCCCAGUUUGAUCAACUGUAUCGGAAAAGGCCUGGAAUGACAAUGUCAUGUGCCAAAUUACCUCAGAAUCUUUCCAAAAACCGCUACAGAGACAUCUCACCUUAUGAUGCAACAAGGGUAAUCUUGAAAGGCACAGAUGACUACAUCAAUGCAAAUUACAUCAAUGUAAGUGACUCAUAAUUAUUUUAUUAUCUCCACCAAACCCAAACACCCAAGGAAUGAUGGAUUGUGAUUAAUAGCCAUUCGUAAUGUUGUUUUGCCACACCCCACAAUACAUGCCCGGAUUUCUGGCAGAUGACGGAGCAGCACUCCUCUUCUUUGGUAGUCAUGCUCACUACUCAGGUCGAGAGAGGACGUGUGAAGUGCCAUCAGUACUGGCCGAACCCCUCAGGUAGUGCUACAUACGGCGGCUUUCAGGUUUCCUGCCAGACUGAGGAAGGAAACUCUGCAUUCUUGGUUAGGGAUAUGACUCUUACUCAGAUUGAGAGUGGGGAAAGCAGGGAGUUGACCCAAAUCCAGUACCUGGCAUGGCCUGAUCAUGGUGUACCAGAUGACUCAACGGAUUUCUUGGAUUUCGUGGCGCUGGUCCGAAGUAAACGAGCUGGGAAGGACGAGCCUGUUGUGGUCCAUUGCAGCGCUGGGAUUGGCCGGACAGGAGUUCUCAUCACCAUGGAGACGGCAAUGUGUCUGAUGGAGUGCGGCCAGCCGGUGUAUCCAUUAGAAAUUGUGAGAACUAUGCGGGAUCAGAGGGCCAUGAUGAUUCAGACUCCUAGCCAGUUCAAGUUUGUGUGUGAGGCCAUACUGAAGGUUUAUGAGGAGGGCCUGGUGAAACCGCUCAUAUCUACGCUGUACGAAUCCAACUAAUGCAAUGCCAGCUUUUCCCGAAAAUGAUACUGAAAUUCACUGUCAGGAUCUUCUUCACAUGAUGACAUCACAGCUCCGUGUCAGAGUGAUGGAGAAGUAUCUCGAGCCAGGAACACAGGACAUAAACCAAGCACUGCUGCACUUUACAAUGGCAAAGAGACUAUAUGCCAGGCUUCAACGAGGAGAGAAACAACAACAACAAAAAAUCUAAAAAGGGGGAUUAGGUACUUGUAGGAACUUUGAGUGUUCAGGGUUUUAACAGAUAUAUAUGUUAAUAAUGAAAAUAGAGGAGAUUGCUGGUGCCAUAUGUGUGUAAGGGCAGGCCCGUUUUUAUAUGUGGUCACCUAUUAUUUGGAGACAAACAACACCCACAAAACAAUUCACAUCCAGGCCUGUGCUGCAGAUGAACAUUUGUAUUUUUAUUAGAAAUAUUUAUUGUAUUAAUUUCAAUAUUGAGCCCUGCAUAAGAAACUACUUACAAAAAAAGAAGAAAAAAAAAGUUUUUCUUAAGACAAUGAUUAUUUUUCCUGUUUGCUUUGUUCCCCCUUUUUGGCGCAGAUUGAAAAUCUUUUUUAUUUAUUUUUCCUGUCAAACUGAAAUGCUGUCAACAAGGACUUUAAAUCACGUUGCAUUACAGCUGUGAUGCAAAAUAUCAGUUUGGUCUUUCAAGCUGAAGUUAAAGGAAUACAAAAAUGAAAAUAUAGUGAUUAUUUACUCACCCUUGUGUCUUUCCAAACCCAUAUGAUGCUCUUUCGUAGGUGGAGUGCAAAAAAUGUUUUGAAAAAUGUUCUUGCUGCUCUUUUCCAUACAGUGAAAGCCUACAAGAUAAAUAAAUAAAUAAAUAAAUAAAUACCAUAAUAUUCACUUUAUUCCAAAUCUUCUGAAGCCAAACAAUUGCUUUGUGUGAGGAAAAGACUGAAAUUUAACUUUUAAUAACUAAAAAUAUUCCUCCCAGGUAUUAGUUCCUCAACUUGACACAAUUAGUCAUGAAAUACAAGAACCAGUGAGUCUGUAGAAUAAUAAAUUCAGGGCCACCAACCCAUAGAAAUUAACAUACAGAAUAAUCAAAUUAUAUUGAUUAUUUUUUUAUACACUCCUCUGGUGUUGUAUUAUAAAAAGACUGUCAUUUAGAAAUUUGACAUUCCCUGAAAGAAUAAACUUACUGCAAUUUAAAAUCAGAUAUUCUAUUAAAGGUUUAGUAUCCCCUGUAGGUAAUGUAACAGUUAUGUGUUGCAAACAAGAACUGCUUUUUGUGUUGUUGUUAAAUCUAAAUGUUACACACCAUAGUGUGUUAAAUGCAGUACCGUUUUGGAGGAUCAUAUUGGAGUUUGUUUAUGGUUGACCAGUUUAUUUCUUGUAGCAGACUACACCUGCAAAAUAUCCCACACACUAAGAGUGUGUCCAGUAUGUGUGUUGUUGUGUUAUUACUGUAUGUUUCUGAUGUCUAUGUGCAAGUGUGUUUUAUAGGACUGUUAGUGUGAAUGUGAUAAUCAUGUGUUUAAGUUUGAUCUAGACUUGGUUCAACACAUUAGAGCUGGUGUCUGGUUCAGGCUGUCUGAUUUUUAGUUUAUUUAAUUGAGCCCUAGUUUUAUGAGCAGUCUUUGUUUUGAAGCCAUCAUAUUAACAUUGUUAAACUGUCAAAUAAAAUUUUUGACCUAUUGCCCAGAUUCACAGGUCAUCUCUAGUUGAAUGUCGAGUUGAAUCCAUGCCUGUACUCUUUGUAAGUUACUGUCUACUUUUACAGUCAAUCAUAUGACGUUUCUUUGUGGUCAUAAUUGCUGGAGAACCCUGGUUUUAGGACCAAAUAAUUCCAUUCUAUGCUCAAGAGGUUACAGGUUUUACAAAAAGACAUUUAAAACAGGAAUAUGGCAUGGAAUUUGGGAGAAACUACAUGCCCCCUGCCUUGUGGGACAGCACUUUUUCAACAAAGAUGUACAAUUGUAGACUGGUGUUAAUGUUUUAUUUGCUGCAAAAUACAGGAAGGUCAAGUUGUGCCACUUGUCCAUUUUUAUGAAAAUAUUAUAAAGUGUACAUAGUAUGUUGUAUAUUAAAAAGAAAAUCUUUAAAAUAAA